AUGACCGGCCACCACGGCUGGGGCUACGGCCAGGACGACGGCCCCUCACAGUGGCACAAGCUGUAUCCCAUUGCCCAGGGCGACCGCCAGUCACCCAUCAACAUCGUGUCAAGCCAGGCUGUGUACUCACCCAGCCUGCAGCCACUGGAGCUUUCCUACGAGGCCUGCACGUCCCUCAGUAUCACCAACAAUGGCCACUCUGUCCAAGUGGACUUCAAUGACAGCGAUGACCGCACUGUGGUGACUGGGGGCCCCCUGGAUGGGCCCUACCGGCUCAAGCAGUUCCACUUCCACUGGGGCAAGAAGCACGGCGUGGGCUCUGAGCACACAGUGGACGGCAAGUCAUUCCCUAGUGAGCUGCACCUCGUUCAUUGGAAUGCCAAGAAGUACGGCACCUUUGGGGAGGCAGCCUCAGCACCCGACGGCCUGGCUGUGAUUGGUGUCUUCUUGGAGACAGGGGACGAGCACCCCAGUAUGAACCGCCUAACAGAUGCGCUCUACAUGGUCCGGUUUAAGGGCACCAAGGCCCAGUUCAGCUGCUUCAACCCCAAGUGCCUCCUGCCUACCAACCGGCAAUACUGGACCUACCCCGGCUCCCUGACGACACCCCCGCUGAGUGAGAGCGUCACCUGGAUUGUGCUCCGGGAGCCCAUCAGUGUCUCUGAGAGGCAGAUGGAGAAGUUCCGGAGCCUGCUUUUCACCUCAGAGGAUGAUGAGAGGAUCCACAUGGUGAACAACUUCCGGCCACCACAGCCACUAAAGGGCCGUGUGGUCAAGGCCUCCUUCCGGGCCUGAGCUACCCACCUGACCAACCAGCCAUUAGGGCACCAUCUUCCCAAGGGCUUCCAUGUCAGCAGACACCAAACCAUCUGAGGCUCCCUGUCUGGGGGGUGCUGUGGACCCCCUCAAGCCAGCUUGCUCCUUGCCUACC